AUGGCGAACUUUGAGUGCGACGGACGGCGGCAGUAUGCCAGUCCUUGCGGCGGUGUAGGCUUACAAAAGAAAGGGAGAAAGGGAGAAAGAAACGAGGAGCUUCCGUUUUUGUGUAAACCGGCCGGGUUCCGGUUCGGUCCGACCGGACGAUUUAUGACCGGUUCAACAGUUUUUCAUAUAGUUGUCAGAACCGAACCGGUAAUUGGAUUGACGACAAAAGACGGCAAUGGGUUAGCUUCAAGUGGCUUGAGUUCUAAAUGUGCUUAUUUGGCUGGUUCUGUAGUGGUUGUUUAUGAUGUGAACUUAGGUACUCAGUCACACCAAAUGGUGUCUUAUAGAUUGCCAAAGCCUUUGAGCUGUGUGGCUAUGUCACGAGAUGGGCAUUUUGUUGCGGCUGGAGAGGCAGGAAGCCAGAGCUCAGUACUAAUAUGGGAUUCUUCUACUUCGUCCAUUGUCUCUGAACUGAAAGGUCAUCUAUAUGGAGUUGCAUGCAUCUGCUUCUCACCUAAUGGUAAAUAUUUGGUAUCGGGGGGGUACAUUUACCUUUGGGAGUGGUGAAGUGGUGAGCUAGUAACAAAGGUUAAAGCAACUUCAGCUUGCUCUAGUGUCUCAAAUGUCAGCUUCUCAUCGGAUGCAAAAUUAAUUGUGACUGCUGGAGAAAAGCACUUGAAAUUUUGGGUACUUGGAUCAUCUAGAAGUACACAAAUAAAUGGAACAAAGGGCAGGUCAGCACCAAUAGUGAUACAUGAAAAGCCAACAAAUCUUGCUAUUCAUAAAGGAAGCUCUUGUAUAUAUGUUGCUUCUUCUGUGUGGAAAAAUAGCAGCUAUGAUAAUUGUAAACAAGAUGGUGAUUGCCUUCUAAUUUAUGCAUUGACCAAUUCAGGAAUUUUGUACCUUGUUCAUUCCGGUUUGUCGCUUAAGAAGUCAGUUACUUUGAAGGUCCAAAAAGCUUUUGCAUUAUCAACAUCUGGAAAGCUAGUUGCUUGUGCCUGCAACAAUGGAGCAGUCCAAUUAUUUACCCCCAUGUCUCUAGAAUACCUAGGCAACAUAUUAUAUUCAGAGGAAACAGCUAUUGAACAGGAUUUUCAAAAGCUGCUUCCUCUGCCUGAUGCUGUUGCAUGUCAGUUUUCAGGCUUAGAAAAGCUUGUGGUCAUUUAUGGAGAUCAUCGUCUCUACAUCUGGGACAUCCAUGAUGUGAAUCAGCCUGCCAGAUGUUUUGUGCUAGUUUCACAUUCCUCAUGUAUAUGGGAUAUUGAUAUCAAGAAUCUAUGCUGUGAAAACAUCCAUGAUCCAUCCCUAGCAUGCACUGCUCGAGGUUGUCUUGGGGGGGUUUCUUUUGCAACAAGCUUUGCUGAUGGUACAAUUAGGCUAUGGGAUCUCUCUUUGCAAUCUGAUUUAUCAAAAGAUGCUGAAGAGCAUGAUUCAUCGAAGAUGGAACUAUUGGGCUUUUCAUACCUAGUUAUAAGUGCAGGAAUUUUUGAACGGGAUGCAGUUAAGACAGAUCUUUCAAAAUCAGGAUUUCGGUCACUCGCUGUUAGUUCAGAUGGAAAGAAUCUAGCUUCUGGUGAUUGCAGAGGAAAUCUCCAUAUAUAUAACCUCCAAACUUCAGAUUACACAUGUUUUCAGGGUGCUCAUGAUGCAGAGAUUCUUACAUUAAGCUUUACCCAGGACAUGUCUGAUGACAUUGCAAAAAACAGCUACUUUCUUGCUUCUGGGGGACGACAUUGCAUAAUCCAUCUGUAUGAUGUGAACAGAAACUUUGAUCUCAUUGGCAGCAUCGAUGAUCAUUCAGCUGCAGUGACGUCUGUGAAUAUUAGCAGCAACAGUUGCAGGAUCCUCAGUUGUAGUGCGGAUAGGUAUGCUAGUAGAGUUUUGGCUUCAAAAGCAUAA